GACAGCUAAAAAACGGUUAGAUGAUGAAAUACGUGAUCGAAAUUCAUUAUCUAUUCCGUUGUUGCCUGAAUCUUCUGAAGACAUUAUCGAAGCCAAGUCAACAGAAUUUACAGAUCAACUGCUUGAACAAGCUCAAAAACGCAAACUCGAAAUAAACACCUCUUCAUUAUUUAAGAAACCAUCAUCAAAAACUAAAAAAUCCAGAUUUCAUGUUAAUAGAUCCAAAAGCAAAGUAGCACAAUUAUCAAAUAUUGUUUCUGUGAACACUAAACUUAAGACGGAUCCAUUUCUCAAAGAUAACGAUUGGAAUGGUGGUACAACAAUUAUUGGUAAAAGUGGUGAACUCAACAGUGAUUUAAUCCUCAUAAAGAAAAAAGAUGCAGGAAGGCAGAAUGAACAUGAAGAAACAGAUAAACAAGAGACCAUAAAAAGUCAAG